UGAACUAAUUAACGAGCACACAGUACAGGCCUUGUUAACAGAAACAAAAUUUUCAGCAUUAAUUUCUCCGUCUUUGUGCAACUGAUGAUCUCUCAAUUCAAACACAUCUUUUUCACCGCCUUUCUUUCCCAUUCUCUUCGAAAAUUUCCCAAUUUCCCAUCAAUUCUCCCUCUUCCAUACCUCAAAGCUUUUUCACCAUCACACGUACUCGGAAGAAAAAUGGAAUCGGAAGCAUCUGCGCACACUCUUCUUCUACUCGCCGGAAAAUCCAAUGAGGAUAACGAUUUAGCAAAGGUAUUAAAGGAUAAUAAUACUCUUCAACUGCAUAAAAAUGGUGAAGAAGUUGAGGUUGUUCUGCAUCCCGACCUCGAAACGCCAUUUGAAGAUGACGCAUUUCGAAUUGAAGAAUACUUCAACUCCCUUUCGACUACGCGUUUUGGGAGACUCCUCAUUUACUCUCCCAAAUUAUCGUCAACUCAUGAUGUUAUUUCACAAAAUAACUCUGACUUACCAGUUGGUUCAGUGUGUGUUGCUGAUGUGCAACUGAAAGGGAGAGGCCGUUCGAGUAAUUUAUGGCAAUCACCAAAGGGUUGCCUUCUGUUUUCAUUUUCAAUACAAAUGGAGGACGGCAGAGUGGUACCACAUUUGCAGUAUGUAGUCUGUCUUGCUAUGACAGAGGCCAUUAAGGCUAUCUGUUUGGAAAAGGGCACACCACAUCUUGAUGUUCGAAUAAAGUGGCCAAAUGAUCUAUAUUUAGGUGGCCUUAAAGUGGGAGGCAUCCUAAGCACAUCGGUAUAUAGGUCAAAGAAGUUCUAUGUUAGUGCUGGAGUGGGAUUGAAUGUGGGGAAUGAGAAGCCUACUACAUGCUUGAAUGCUGCUUUGAAGAGAGUGAAUCCUCUCUCACGUGAAUUGAAAAGAGAAGAUAUCAUUGCAGCCUUUUUCAAUAAAUUUGAGAACCUUUAUGAUGUUUUCUUAGAACAAGGAUUUCAAGCUCUUGAAGAAUUGUACUAUCGGACUUGGUUACACAGUGGACAGAGGGUUAUUGUGCAGGAGAGAAGCAAUGAUCAGGACCAAUUCGUUGAAAAUGUAGUCACCAUUCAGGGUUUGGCAUCCUCUGGGUAUUUAUUAGGAAUCACAGAUGAUGGUCAAAUAUGUGAGCUACACCCAGAUGGCAACAGUUUUGACUUCUUCAAAGGGCUUAUCAAAAGAAAAAUGAGCUGAAGGAGAUUCAUGUCGGCGCCUUCUAGCGAAGGGUCUUUCCUCUUUUCUGUUCAGUUUUAGUUCACGUAUUCUCUUUUUAUUUGCUUAUUUCUGGCUGUAAUUCUGUUGCACAUAAAGUCUUUUCUCAAACUAUUGAAUUGAUUCCUUCA